UUAAGUCUUUCCGGGAACUUGGGGCCGUGUUUGGAGCAGGACGUUCAGGGGGCGGUGGGACAGGCGUGUCAGGCGUGGCCCCGGAAGGGUCUCAGACCGAAGGACUGCAGUGUCUGAGCGCAACGAGGAGAUCCUUGGGGGAUCACUGGGAAACCCAGCAGUGCCAAGUUCAUGAUGGGGUCCCAGGUCUCGGUGGAUACAGGAGCUGUGCAUGUGGUGAUCGUAGGCGGGGGCUUUGGAGGGAUAGCGGCCGCUAGCCAGCUGCAGGCGCUGAAUGUCCCCUUCAUGCUGGUGGACAUGAAGGACUGUUUCCACCACAACGUGGCAGCUCUCCGGGCCUCCGUGGAGAGUGGGUUUGCCAAAAAGACAUUCAUUUCUUACUCAGUGACCUUCAAGGACAACUUCCGCCAGGGCAAAGUGGUUGGCAUAGACCUGAAGAACCGUACAGUGUUGCUACAGGGCGGUGAAGCCUUGCCCUUCUCACAUCUUAUCCUGGCCACCGGCAGCACCGGUCCCUUCCCUGGCAAGUUUAACGAGGUGUCCUGCCAGCAAGCAGCCAUUCAGGCCUAUGAGGACAUGGUGAAGCAGAUCCAGCGCUCACAGUUCAUCGUGGUGGUGGGAGGUGGCUCUGCAGGAGUGGAGAUGGCAGCCGAGAUUAAAACUGAAUACCCCGAGAAGGAGGUCACUCUUAUCCACUCCAAAGUACCCCUGGCCGACAAGGAGCUCCUGCCCUGUGUGCGGCAGGAAGUCAAGGAGAUCCUUCUCCGGAAGGGUGUGCAGCUGUUAUUGAGUGAGCGGGUGAGCAACCUGGAGGAACUACCUCUCAAUGAGUACCGGGAGUACAUCAAGGUGCAGACGGACAAGGGCACAGAGGUGGCCACCAACCUGGUGAUUGUGUGCAACGGGAUCAAGAUCAACAGCUCUGCCUACUCCAGUGCGUUCGCAGAGAAUAGACUGGCCAGCAAUGGUGCUCUGAAAGUGAAUGAGUUCCUCCAGGUCGAAGGUUACAGCAAUAUUUAUGCCAUCGGUGACUGUGCCGAUAUCAAGGAGCCCAAGAUGGCCUAUCAUGCUGGUCUGCAUGCUAACAUUGUUGUGGCCAACAUUGUCAACUCCAUGAAGCAGAGGCCCCUCAAAGCCUACAAGCCAGGUGCACUGACCUUCCUCCUGUCCAUGGGCAGAAAUGAUGGCGUGGGCCAGAUAAGUGGCUUCUAUGUAGGCCGCCUCAUGGUGCGGCUGGCCAAGAGCAGGGACCUCUUCGUCUCCACAAGCUGGAAAACCAUGCGGCAGUCUCCACCAUGACAGGGAGGCUGCGAGGGAGUCUCGGUACCGCUUGGAGGGGUGACAGACUGCUUGACAAAGGACACCCUCCUGACAGGUGCCAAGGGCAGAAGCUCUUUGUCUGGAUCAUGGUGUCAGUCGUGGGCUGGCUGGAAAUACAACUUGUGUAAAGCCAAAAUGAGAGACAGAGAGUAAAGAGGGGGGACAUUAAAAAAGAAAAAGAAAAAAAAAAGCCCUAGAAGAUUCGCUCUGGAUUUGGAAGGUCUGCUUGUAGCUGCGCCAGCUCAAGGGGCAGCAGAGGUGGCUCUCUGUACAGUAGGCUUCUGUCUGUCUGUGUGUGUGCAGGAAUGCACAGGGCUUUGUAAGUAGUGCGCAGAGCCCCUGUUGGGCAGAGCUGGGCUCCUCUAGGUGGCGUCCUGUCUGUAGUAUAGUAAGUAGAGCCACAGCACAAGACAGCUAAAGAAAGGGUGCUGGGGUGGGGGAAACAACCUAAACUUUGAGUCUCUCCUCACUUGGGGUGGGGAAGCUUGUGUAUCCCACAUUAAGUAGGUUAUUAAUAGGGGCCUCAUUUUAUUCUCCCAAACUUAGUGUCUGCACGUUGCAGUCUCCCUUCUCCCGACCAACUCUCCCACCCCCCUCCAGUGCUUAUCUACAUUAUUCAGAUUGGCCUUGAAGUCCUGAGGUCAAGUAAUACCCCUGCCUCAGUUCCUUGGGACCCUCUUUAACCUUCAUGUACCCUUAUCUCCAUAUGCAUCUCACUGUAGGUCAUAGGUGUAUUCACAUGGAGUCAGGCAAAAUUCCCCUCUGGCUAGCCCAUCUGAUGCUGAAACCUCUUCCCAGUGGGGAGAUAUAAGCAACGUCGGUCCUCUUCUCCUAAGGUCCCAAUAGCAAACCGAGGCACGAGUCUGUCAAACUUUACUCUGGGGGAACCAAUGAGUUUUUUGGUGUUCCUUACAUAGUAUCUGAGGGGUGUGAGUACUUCUCCCCACAACAGGUCCAACCUGGAAAACUUUAACCAGCAGGGAUGAGGGCUUCAUUAGCUAUGGGGCAGCAUAAACAGAGCCCCCUCUCCUAGCCUUUCCUGGCCUAUAUGCUCUAGCACCUCCUGGAGGCCACAGGCAAUUAAGGCCUACAGAGUGAGUUCCAGGACAGGCUCCAAAGCAAUACAGAGAAACCCUGUCUCCAAAAAAAAAGGGGGGGGGGCAAGGGAGAAGCUGAUUCCCCCUCCCCCAAGAUGGUGGUUGCUUGGCUCUGAGGACACUCACCAAACAGCAUCCUGGCAGGGUGAGUCUUAUAAGGCUGGAGGGCUAAGGCGGAAGCCUGACUUGGUACUGCUGUGGGAAUCCCAGGAAGGAGACCUGUGACUCGGGGCGGGCAGGUACUGGCUGCUUGAUCUUCAGAGACCAGACUGACAUCCGUGGAUGAUCUGAUUUCCAGGUUAUCAUCACAGGCUGCUGCUGGGACAUGGGGGUAGGGGACUAUGCUGCUGAUUUCCUAGCCAGCUCCUGUCACUUGGGCCCUCACUGGCUAUUAUCAUGCCUACUACAGUCUGCUAAGGUACACGAAUGACUUCUCUCUCCAAGUGAGCUCCAGCAGGGAAGAGCUCAUCACUCUCUCCCCCUGCCUCUUUCUGCUUGCGUCUGGCCUUGGCCUCUGGUUAUGGGUGACAGAGUCCUUGAGCAGCCUUCCUGAUGCCCAUCCAUCUCUAUUUGGGCUGUGGCUAAGGUCUGUUCUGUUUAGUUGCACAGGCCGGACUUGAGACUUGAGUCUCUCUCCAGGGACUGAUGACCCACUGGCAGUUUUGUGACCUGCUCUGCUGUUGUGGAUGCUAGCCAGCAGGCUCACCCUCUCUGGAGGCAGGACCAACCACCUGCAGAAAGCCUGCCAUGAUGCUGGCUGACCAGGAGCUUUAGGGAGCAUGGUGGGACUCUUCAGUGACAGGCCUUGUGUGAUUUCUUCACACCAGUGGAGACAGUUUUCCGAGAGGAGGAAAUAUUGCAAUAAAGGGAUAUGUUAUAAGAAAGACACUGGAUCUUUUAUUUUUUCUUUUCAUUUUUUUCUUUUUCUUUAAAAAACAAAACUGAACAAACAAAAAUCCCAAGGUAAAACCCUUUUAGGUGUAGUUACAAAUAUUUUAGGGGUCAGGGAGGGGACCCUAUAACAGAAGAGAAAAGCACCCUAGGACGUCUUUCCCAUCUUCUCUCCCCUGAGGGAGGCAGCCAAUUCACCCAAGUGGCUGUCUCACCCUCUUAACUUGGAAACCAAAGACUUCAGCACUUUGAAAAGACUUGUGUGUGUGUGUGUGUGUGUGUGUGUGUGUGAGAGAGAGAGAGAGAGAGAGAGAGAGGGGGGGAGAUAUUGAGACAGUGUGUAAAAGUCAAUGCUAUAAAUCUAAACAAGGUCUAUUUUUAUGUUUGUUUGUUUUUUUAAAAAAAGUUCUAAAACAACAGGAAGAAAACACAUGGAAAGAAACCCCUGGUGGAGACCUGGUUAAUUUCGGAAGAGGCCCUUUGUAAAGAGAAUAUAAAAUGCACUGGGCCCCUUCUCCAGGCAGGCAGGACCUGUUCCCACUGCCUUUGCUACCCUUAGCCACCCUCUGCUCCCCUGCCAUGUCACCGUUCCUCAAUCCUUUUGAAAAAUAAAACCCCCUGCUCUUGU